AUGAAGCUCAUCCUCGGCCCGUUUAGCUCGUUGCUCAUGGCUGUGUCGGCCGCAAACGCGCUUGGGCUCGAUGCGCCCCCGCCUGACGGCUGGACACCAGGGGAGACGGUCACCGAGGGCUGGCAGUCCCAGCCCGGAGAUCCCGCUAAUUUCACCUUGACGCUGCAAGCUUUCGAUAUCUCGCAGAGAAGCUAUGCGCUCGUCGCGGUUGUUGAGACCUCCGCCGGCUCGGUGACAUUCGCGCUGCCCGACGUCAGUACUGGAGAAUACGUCUUGAACGCAGUGAACGCGACAAAUGCGACCAUCGUUUAUGCUCAAUCUUCAUCGUUCUACCUUCCGUAG